AUGUGGUAUGCGCUCUGGACUGUCAUCUGGAUAGUCCCGUUCUCCAGCCCUGUCGCUCUUCAUCCUCUGCUGUCUUCAUCCUCUGCUGUCUUCAUCCUCUGCUGUCUUCAUCCUCUGCUGUCUUCAUCCUCUGCUGUCUUCAUCCUCUGCUGUCUUCAUCCUCUGCUGUCUUCAUCCUCUGCUGUCUUCAUCCUCCGCUGUCUUCAUCCUCUGCUGUCUUCAUCCUCUGCUGUCUUCAUCCUCUGCUGUCUUCAUCCUCCGCUGUCUUCAUCCUCUGCUGUCUUCAUCCUCUGCUGUCUUCAUCCUCUGCUGUCUUCAUCCUCUGCUGUCUUCAUCCUCCACUGUCUUCAUCCUCUGUUGUCUUCAUCCUCUGCUGUCUUCAUCCUCUGUUGUCUUCAUCCUCUGCUGUCUUCAUCCUCUGUUGUCUUCAUCCUCUGUUGUCUUCAUCCUCUGCUGUCUUCAUCCUCUGUUGUCUUCAUCCUCUGCUGUCUUCAUCCUCUGUUGUCUUCAUCCUCUGCUGUCUUCAUCCUCCACUGUCUUCAUCCUCCGCUGUCUUCAUCCUCUGCUGUCUUCAUCCUCCGCUGUCUUAUGGUAGGUGCUGGCUAG